CGAGAAGGCGGCCGACGGAGUUCAAAAUGUCUUUUCCCAUUUAUAUUGUGCUGUUGCUAUUAGCGUAUCCAGCGUACCGGCUCUUUAGGACCGGGAAGCGUCACCCCCGUAUGCCACCAGGACCACCAACUGUACCAAUACUUGGCAAUGCGCUUCAAAUCCCAAAGACCGGGUUGGGGAAAAUGUUCAAAGUUUGGGCUGACAUGUACGGCCCGAUCUUCUCGCUGACCAUCGGACCGACCAACAUCGUCGUCCUUACCGACCGUAAAGCUGUCAACUAUCUCUUGGACAAAAAGGGGAGCAUCUACUCUGAUAGACCCUUCAACUAUGUUACCAACUACAUAACUCACGGAGACCACUUGACGUUGGAGAAGCAGGGUGCGUCGUGGAGAGAAAAACGCAUGGUGACCACUCGGAACCUGAAUCCAAAGAUGUUGGAUGAAAAACAUUGGAAGAUUCAAGAGGCUGAGGCUGUCGUAUUCAUGAACAACAUCCUUAGAGACCCAGCAAGGAUUUUUGAUUAUGCUAAACUUUACACACUUUCGGUCGCAAGCACUCUGAUCUAUGGUCAGCGGGUCGCAAGCCUGGAUUCUUACUGGUUCAAAGGCUUUUUUGAAUUAAUGGAAAUGUGGCUCGCGAUACAGGAACCCGGCGCAACCCCUCCUAUUGAUGAAUUCCCUUUCUUGAAGUACCUACCAGGCCAAUGGAAGAAAAAAGCAGAUGAGUGUCGCUCAAUGAUGGACGAUAUGUGGGACAAGGCCCGCCGUGUCGUUGAUGAACGCAGAGCUCUGGGGGAUAAGAGGGACUGCUUUAUUGACUCGAAGAUCGAAGAAUAUACCGAGAAAGGCUUUCCCAUGUCGCAACACGCUUUUAACAACCUGUUUGGCGAAUUACUUGAGGCGGGCGCGGACACGACGGCGAACCAGAUCUUGACACUUAUAUUAGCGUUCGCAAAGUAUCCUGAGAUUCAGAGACGAGCAAAGGCAGAAAUCGACGCUGUGUGUGGAACUGAACGUGCUCCAUUGUUCUCCGACUUCGAGAAUCUUCCUUAUAUCAACUGCAUUAUCAAGGAGGGGAUGAGGUGGCGUCCUACCGCGACAACCGGCCUACCACACAUGUGCAUUCAGGACGACGAAUACGAGGGCAUGUUCAUCCCCAAAGGUAGUAUGGUCUUCUGCGGCAUAUGGGCGAUGAACCACGACGCCAGCAGGUUUCCUAACCCCGACAAGUUCGACCCAGAUCGGUAUCUCAACCACCCCAAACUUGCCAACGAAUACGCCGUGUCACCGGACUAUAACAACCGGGACCAUUACGGCUAUGGCGCAGGCCGGAGACAGUGUCCUGGGAUGCAUCUUGCAGAACGCAACAUGUGGCGUAUCGCGUCGAAACUGCUAUGGGCGUUCGAUAUUUCCGAGGUGGACAACCCAAUCACUGGCCAGGUUGAACAUCUCGAUGAGAACGCGUUUACGUCGGCUAUCUUGUUAUGUCCGUUACCGUUUACGGUCAAGGUGGUGCCGAGGAGUAAGAAGCACUUGGCUCGUAUCGAGCAAGAACUUGAAAGCGCCGAAGCGUUCUUGGCGGCGUGGAAGCCAGCACCGGCAUGAUAGGGGUGUGUGGAUAUGGGACUCCACGUGUUCUUCUACUUUUGUUUGUCGAUUAGCGGUCUCCGAAUGCUUCAGAUCUCGAGGUGCAGGCUCAAAAAUGUACACGAAUAAUCGGGAUUCUAUGGUUGGAUCCAAGGAAUAGAAUGCUCCAAAUCUGAGCUUCCGACCCU